UCUAUUUCACUAUACAAUAACAACAUAAACAAAGUUAUAACUAUUCAAUAAACUUGAAGAUUUCAGUGAAGGGAGGCAGAGGGUUAUAAAGGAGGAAGGAAUCUGAAGUUGGGCAUCUUUACUUCUUUUUCACUUUUAGCUGCGUGUAUGUAUGGCUGUGUGUUAUUGUUUUCUUUGCACUGACUCAACAGUGAGGGAGACUGUCUCUGCUUUUCUUUUGGAGCUCUCCGAGUCUGACCCCAAGCGAAGAAAGUAAGAAAGAGGAUAAGGAAAAAAGGGGUACUUAAUUCUUGGGCCUCUCUCCAAUCUCCCCUUUUCAUCUCUGAAACCAACGCAAUCUUGGUUUACUUGCUUUUGUGUUGGGGGAGUUAGUAGUGAGCAUUUCACUGUGUCUUCACUUGUUCUGUUUAGGAUUUCGUUCGCUGCUAUUUAAUGCUUUAGAGAGGGCCAACUCGUAGAAAUCCUAGAGAAUAUUUCUUUCUUCUUUUUUUCUUGUUGCCUUUACUGCAAAUAAAAUAAAAAGAAAGCUAUUGAUAUCUUGAUCCCUUUGCUCUUCACAUGAUCUGGGGUUUGUUUAUGUUUGAGGAAUCUCAACUUUUAGUUGGUGGGUCUAAUGAAUUGGGAUUGUUCUCCUUCCUUUGUUCCUCAGAUUUUGUCCAAUUCGGUUGAAUAGAUCUCUUUCUUAUUCAGCGUGAGAUGGAUUUAGGUGAAAAGGAUGAGUUUGGGCUAGUGAAAAGAGCUGCAGAUCAUUUGAACUGUCACGCUGACUGGCAAUUUGAUCCUUGUUCGAUAGAAAACCCAAUGAAUUCCUCUUCUUCUCAGUGCCCAUCAGAUUCCAUGGUAGAUUCUUUCAGUUCUCCCCUCUACAACCAGCAAGCAAAUCCACAAAUCUCAGUCGGAAAGUCGCUUCCAAUGAGUUGGAAUCCGUCGGUUCUCCCCCCGGGCCUCCCCAACUUCCCGGCUGAUUCGGGUUUCAUCGAGAGAGCUGUGAGGUUCUCUUGCUUCAAUGGAGGCAAUUUCAGUUCCAUGGUGAACAGCCCUUUUGCUCCAAGUGAGCAGUUGAGCCCAUAUGCUUCAAAAGGUCCUUCAGAGUCCCCGAGUCCAAUUAAUGAUGAUCAAAGAGAUAACAAGAGGGUCAGCGACGAGGCGGGCGAGGUUGAGUUCAGUGGAGAUGUGCAGAAAAAUUCUUCCUCUAUAGGAAAUGCUGCUAAGAAAAGUAAAAAAUCCAAUUUGGAUAUGGAGUUGGACCAAGUACAAGGAGUUGACGCCACAAAGGAGAAUUUGGAAAGUAAGCAGAAAGGGGAGCAAAAUAGCUCAACGGGAGCUGCUACUAAAUCUUCAGGAAAAAAUGCGAAGGAUGGAGCAAAUGGUGCCAAGGAAGAUUACAUUCAUAUCAGAGCUCGGCGUGGCCAAGCAACUAAUAGUCACAGUCUUGCAGAAAGGGUGAGGAGAGAAAAGAUUAGCGAACGGAUGAAGUUCCUUCAAGAACUUGUUCCUGGUUGUAGUAAAGUAACUGGGAAGGCAGUCAUGCUGGAUGAAAUCAUCAACUAUGUGCAAUCACUACAACGUCAGGUCGAGUUUCUGUCAAUGAAACUUGCAGCUGUGAAUCCAAGACUAGAUGUCAACAUAGAAAGCCUUUUAUCCAAAGAUCUUCUUCAAUUGAGGGGAGGUUCGUCAUCUGCUAUCGGUUUCUUGCCAGAAAUGAUUCAUCCUCAGUCGCAUAAUGCUCAACAGGAUUUGCUUCAAGCAGGAAUAGCUGGCAUGGGUAACCCCUCAGACACAAUUAGAAGAGCACUGAAUGCUCAGCUUACUUCGAUGAGUGGAUUCAAAGAGCCUCUGCAUCAGAUGCCAAAUUCUUGGGAAGAUGAGCUCCAUAACAUCGUUCAGAUGAACUUCAGUUCAAAUCCCGCCUUCAACCCCCAAGACUCAAAUGCUAAACCUCAAAACUAUUGAUUGCUCUUUUCUGCAGAAUUCAAAACUGAGGUUGCGGUUGAAAAUUUGCUGCUUGUAUAGCUGGAGGCAGUUAAGACGUAACUUUG